GGGUGUUCAUAUUAUGGUGGCUACUCCAGGAAGACUUAUGGACAUGUUAGACAAGAAAAAUGUUACACUAGACGUAUGCAGAUAUCUAUGCUUAGAUGAGGCUGAUCGCAUGAUUGGCAUAGACUUUGAAGAAGACAUUAGGACCAUAUUUUCUUAUUUCAAGGGUCAACGACAAACUCUUCUUUUCUCUGCCACCAUGCCAAAAAAGAUUCAGAAUUUUGCAAGGAGUGCAUUAGUAAAGCCCGUUACAGUAAAUGUUGGAAGAGCUGGUGCUGCCAGUGCAGAUGUCAUACAAGAAGUGGAAUAUGUUAAACAAGAAGCUAAAAUUGUCCAUCUUUUAGAUACUCUCACAAAAACUCCGCCUCCAGUUCUAAUCUUUGCCGAAAAGAAACAGGAUGUUGAUGCUAUACAUGAAUAUUUACUUUUAAAAAAUGUUGAAGCAGUAGCGAUUCAUGGGGGCAAAGAUCAAGAAGAACGCUCACGAGCUGUUGAUGCUUUUAGACAAGGAGAGAAAGAUGUCCUAGUGGCUACUGAUGUUGCUUCUAAAGGAUUGGAUUUUGAUAAUAUUCAGCACGUCAUUAACUAUGACAUGCCCAAAGAUGUUGAAAAUUAUGUUCAUCGUAUUGGUAGAACUGGAAGAUCUGGGAAAACGGGAAUUGCCACCACAUUUAUUAAUAAGGCCUGUGAUGAGUCCGUACUUCUGGAUAUGAAGCAUUUGCUGAUUGAAGCUAAACAAAAAGUGCCACCUUUCUUAGCUGCUCUACAAUCUGAGAAUGAGAAAUAUUUUGACCUUGGAGAAGAGAGAGGCUGUUCUUACUGUGGUGGACUUGGUCACAGGAUCAAAGAUUGUCCCAAACUAGAGGCUGUUCAGAACAAACAGGCAUCCAAUAUUGGAAGAAGAGACUAUUUAGCAAACAACAGUGCUGACUGGUAGACACUCUCUACCUCUUCAUGUGUUGUUAUGUAAAAUAUAUAUCUGUAAGAAUGGAAAGUGUGCAUGUUCACCAAUGGCACAGUAAUCACUUAUGAUAUAAUGUAAUAAAAACUUAAUGUAGGCUAUUCAAGAAUGAAUUACUGCUUGUAUGCUAUGCAUUGUAUUUUAAAUGUUUUGUGCCCAAUAUCAUGUGUUACUAAAAAUUUAAAAACUCAUUUUUCCUUUUCUUAAAAUACUUAUGAAAAUAAAUUUUCACAAACUAUAUUCAAAUAUUAUACCGAUUCCAUUCACUUGGAGGAUGGACAUUUUUUAAAUAGCUUAAGAUAUCUCCUAUGCGAGUGAACGCUAAUAUUUUUAUAUUCUCGCAGACCACCAAUCAUAAAAUAAAUAAUCUCGUAGACCACUACCCAGUUUUUGGGAAGAGAAGGAAAGAUCUCCGACUGAAUGGAGCUUUUUUUAAAUAUGCAUUAUCAGUUUUAUUUAUAUAGUGUGAAAAUCAAAUUUAUUAAAAAAUAAAAUACGAGCAUUAAUCAUUCCAUGUUCUGUAUAAAGUAGCAGAUAAUUUUGUGUCAGUCAGAAGAGGAGAAAUUUGAUGCCACUAAAGAGAAACAUCUUCAUCUGUGAACAAUUGUUUCGUAAACCACUAGUGGUCCAGAAACUACUCUAUGCUCAUAAUGUAUAUAUCUUGUAUAAAUUGUGAAUAAUGUCAUGGAAUAAAAUCAGUAUAAGAUA